AUGUGUGAUUACCAAAGUGGAUUUGUUUAUCAAUAUGAAAAUACUACUGAUAUUACUACUCAAAUGGAUGUUGUCAUCAUUCUAUUUUCAUGUUGCAUAAUCUUUAUGAAUCCGUUUACAUUGUUCUUGGUUUUUCAAAUCUAUUUAUCAUCUUCAUUAGUAAGUUUUCUAAUUAUGAUUCAAAUAACAUUUGAUACACUUGUUUGUGUAUCACAAAUCGGGAAUAAAUUUUGCCCAUUUCUUCGAAUUACACCACAAAUGUGGAUCAAUAUUUUAAUUUGCCACAUAUGGACAAAUGAAUUUUUAAAUAAUCUAUUUAAUACAUUCACUAAACAAUCCAUUCUUGCUAUCAUCAUUGAACAUUGUUUAUCCAUUUAUAAGCCGAAUGUAAAUUUGUUAAAUUAUCCUAAAUUAUUAGGUGGAAUAUAUUGUUUCUCAGUAGCAUAUAACAUAGUCACUAAUUUAUAUUUAAUACUGUUAGUGAAAAUAGAUCAAAUUGGUCAUUGUGUAAUCAAUUCUAAUAUGUUAAUCAGUAGCAUUGAUCGAUUAGAUUUGGUUAUUUUCGGUUAUGUUUCAUUGAUACUUGGUGACAUUAUCCCAUUCAUAGUGAUGAUCAUCAUAUUAAUAUUAGUAAUAUUACAUCAAUAUAAAAGGAAAGUUAAUGUAAGAGAUCAAGCUCAAAUUAAACCAGUACAAAAAUACUUGACCUUAUUGAUAAUUGUUUGGUGUUUACCAGAAAUUCUAAUUACAUUACUUGAUAUGUUUCAGCAUGUAUGUGAAGCGUAUAUAGAAUAUGAAAUGAUGUGUGAUAUAUCCCAUCAUUGUUUAGAAAUAUUACGUUCAAUUACAUUUAUGUUACAUUCAAUUAGUUUGUUUAUAUUUUUAAAACCAAUGGGAAUUGAAGCUUUGAAAACGUUUAAAAAUAUUUCGCAGGUUUUUAAAACAAUCUUCCAUCGAAAUUAA